UAACAUCUGGUCGGGACGUUUGAAUUGUUGAUACAUACAUUUGUCAGUCGCAGUUUUUCUUGUACUUCCUGUUGUUGUUGUUUAUUAAAAUGUGAAUGUAGUCCGUUAAUUUGUGUGAAGGCAUUUGUACCAAAUUUGGACUUUUGAAGGGGUGGAAGCACCAGUAAAUUUUUAAGAAACUGUACGUUAGUUGAUAAUUCGUUUAUUCGGGGUUUUGUAGGUUAGAAUGACUUCCAUUAUACCUACUCCAUGAAUAUUUAGCAUAAUAUCAAGUAUUAUCUUACACAAGCAGGGUUCAUUAUGCAGUUGAACGGUGGUUUAAGGAUUCGCUUUUGAUUGGGGACAGUUUGGCGCGUUGGUAACAAUGGUUCAUUGGUGAAAGGUAUCUGGAGUUUGUGCUGCCAGAGUUGGACACACGGAUAUUUCAGAGCUAAAUCAGUGGGAAAUAAAGAGGAAAUUGAAGACACCUGGAUUAGAAAAUAAGAGAAUGACUAUCCAUUCCUUUUCAGAAUUUGAAAUGCGGAGACAAGGAAAUAAUUAAAAAAAAAAUGAUUUCUUCUUGUGUUGGUGAAAUUUCUCCUAAUUUAUGUCACAGCUGUCAACAUAGCAGUCAGCCACCUGAUGCACAAUCUCAGAGGCUAAAUGAAUUGUGUCCAGGAAACAGGGAAUUGCAAGAUGAUAUUGGUUUUAAGUUUGAAGAGAAUUUGCAUAUCCCUCAGCUGCAGCCACCAACUUGGAAGGCUGAUACUAAAUAUGAUUUAUUAACACUUUAUGCUAACCUUCCAGAAGCAGAUGUAUAUUUCAGUGAGUGUCUAGAGGCAGAAUGGACAAAAUUGAUUACACUUCAGCUACAGUCGCAUGUACAGUUAGAGAAGAAUAAUAUACAGCUAUUAUUAGCAAGGAACCAGGUCAUGAAAGCCCAAUAUGAUAGAGAAUAUCAGGAGUUGAUUGUGGAACUGGAGGCUGUAAAAAGUGACAUCAUGCAGUAUGAAGACUAUAUAAGCAGUAAAUGUUACAGCUUUAACAAUGAGACAUGGGAAUACUUGAAAAACGUUGGACGUAAUGAACUGCGAAGCAGGAAACAGAUGUAUCUGCAACAGAAGAUGCACCUGAAGCAAAGAAGUAUAAGUUGUUGGGAGGAAAUGAAAAUAUAUUACCAAAUAAUGACUUAUUUGAAAGAAGAGGAGAUCAGACGACAACAAAGAAUGGCAGAAUGCUCUACAAAUAUGUUACAUCACAGAAAGCUUGGAAGGCAUUUGCUUCAAAAUGUUUUGAAUAGGGUUACAGAAGAGCAGAAGGAAAUUGCUACAAGAAAAUGUUUGGUACUGAAUGAAAUGAAGGCAAACGGUCUCUCACAACAGAACAACACACACUGUAUCCUGAAAGUACAGAAACUGGGGUGUACAUUUGAUUUUAUGCUAAAACACAGGGUUUACAGUUGUGGAAAUGUUUGUGCAUAUAAUGACAUGGUUGAUAUAUUUGAAAAGAGAGUACCAUCCCCUGAAACUCCACAAAGCAUACACUGCAUGCAGACACUGUUAAUAACUGCAUUGGAGAACUACAAUGCUCGACUUGACCAAGAAAUAGCGUUAUACUGGAAGAAGCUAAAACAUACAGCUUCCACUGAGAAGGAAGGACAGAAAAGAUUAGAAAAGGAUGAAAUAUGUUCACCUGUUCUUCCAGAAUUUUCUGAUUCAAAAGGAGCUUCAGAGACUGCACCCUUCGAUCUUAGUAUCCUGCCUGGAUCUGCAGAUCAUAACCAUGAAGAAAUUUCGUUUGAAUUCACAAUGAACAAAGUUCCUGAAGUUAAAGCUGUAAACAACGAAGAAAUGAAGAUAUAUUCACAACCAGUGUUGCAAGUUUCUUCUGUGUUCAGAGAACAACCAGAUGAUUCGGAUAUUCAAAACACUCCUAGUAUGGCACUAGAAGGGACAAGUGAAUCAACUCAAACAGAAAAAAGGAAACAGGUUAAACCACUGAAAGACAAAGCUGAGAAAUUGGGAUUCAAGCAGCAGGAAUAUGACGCACACAAACUAUGGAAGAUGAAACCAACAGCUGAAAGGAGAGCAAAGAUGGCAGGCAUGAAAAAAGAUACUUCGUUGGCAGAAUUGCUAGAGAAAAAACUUACGUUACAUAUCACUACCACAGGCUCAGAAUUGUGUGAAAUUAGGAAAGAGAAUGAAACGCUGAGGAAUAAAUUAGAUAAAAUCUUGAGCACUUUACAAAUGAAAAAUGAUAAUAAUGAGCAACUGGAUAACAAAGGGAAAAAACUACUAGAUGAAAGUGAACAAUUUACCACACAGAAUGACAAAAUUGGUUUACAACUUCCAUCAGUUGAGAAUAUGGAUUGUGGAGGUAAAGGAGCAUGGAUAACCCAGGAAGAAAGUAGAGCUAUGUCUUCAAGAAACGGAGAGAAAGCUAAACUGCAACAUUUAUCACAAGACCAUAUGGUUACAGGAACAAAACAAGAGAAUAUUCCAGCACAGAAGGACAAGCCUGAAUGGCAGCUUCAUUCAGAUGGGGUUCCAAGAGCCAGCACAUCCAGAACAGAGAUCAAAGAGGAUUUCAUGGCACACGAGAAUCUUGGACUGCAGUCUCAUACUGCACAAGUUUUAGUUCUAGGAGGCAAAGAUGCAGAUGCAAAUAAGAAAGGGACCCAAGAGAAAAUUACUGUGCAUGGUGUUGAAGUUGGCUUACAGAUUUCAUCAGAUGAAGACUUCUGUCUAGGAGAUGAGACAGAAGAUCAUGCAGCCAGGAGAAGAAAUAAGAUGUUGAUCCAGAAACUUAGCCUGUUACUUGAUUGUAUUAAAGAAGAUGAUAGGCCUGUAUCAGAGCAUUUUGUAAGGCAUAUAAAACGCAUAAUAAAUGUAAACAAGUUGGUGUCACCUCCACUGAUGAAGAAACUGAUUGAUACAAUCACAGCAAGAUCCCAGCGAUUGGUUACACUCCAUCAUGGAAAUACUACAUUGGCUGUUAAAGCUGAGGAAUUUGGUCAAGAUUCUGGAGCAGAAAAACUGGAAGAUUUGGAGAUAAGUUCAGAUACAAUGGACUCUGGUGACUAUUCAUCUAGUAGUACAGAUUCUGAAUGUUCCCUGUCGGAAUCUUCAUACUCAGACUUUUGUUGACCCAAGGACAUGGUGCAUUUGUGAGCACUUUUUCCAUUAAGACAGAUUCUUUAUGGGACUGUUUAACAUUAACAGUUCUUAGUUGGUACUUAUCAGUGUGUUCACUUCCAUAUGCAGGGAUUUUAUUUACAAAUUCCUGCUGCAUACACAGAUAUCAUUCAAUGCAAAACAGUUUUUAUAGACAAGACUUAAUGUUUUAUGCCUCAAAAUAGAUGUCAACAUAUGUCAUGUUCUUAGUUUCAGCAUUAUGAACUGUUAUCAGUUAUAAUUCAGGCAUACCCUUAAUGCCUUCUGCUAUUGAAUUAGAGGUACCUUAUGUGCCUGUUCCUUCAGUCAGGGUAUUGGGGACAUAUAUGCGAGGUGAACACAUACAUGGUGCUAAGGGUCUGCAUGGAAUCAUAUAUUAGAUAAUGUAGUGCCCUGUCAGUAUGCUGUGACAUACAAUCUUACAUACAUAGCUUCAUUACAGUGUUAUUGUAUAGAGUCAAAUUUUCUAACAUGUUUUUAUUCAGAAUAUUUUUUGGUGUAUAAGACAUUCUUCCCUGAAAAGUGCUCAGUAGAAUUUCUGUCCUUUUAUGAAGUCAACACAGUCAACUCUUGAAGUAUCACAAGUCCAAAAGGACCAAACUUUCUUAAGCAUUGGAAUAAUGGAGAAGUGAUGGCAGGUACAUGAGAUAGACCAAAAAAUAAAAUAAUGUCAAAUUAUUAAGUAAAUGUUAAUAUUUAAUCAUGGAAAUUACCAUUAAUUGGUGUUGUCAGAAGUAUUUUCUGUGUCACAUUGCACUGAUGUAUGUUUUCAUCAGUACCAAAACUUUUUUGUUCUAAUAUUAAAUUCUGGAAACAAGGUAUGUCUUGUACAUUAACAACUACAGUAAUGAGAUACAUAAAUGAUACAAUGAAUUGUGAUGACAUUUUAAAUGUAAAUCAUAGUUCUAAAAGUUACUGGUGUUGGGUACAAAUAACCAUAUACAAAAUAAGGCAGUGACUAGAUACAGUGCAGACCAUACAUUGGCGCUCUUCCUGUUUCUUGUGUGGUGUAUAACAGUCGCUGAUUUUUCAUCUCAAUAAAUGUAAAUAUAUUUUA